AUGCAGCUGGCCAAUGAGAGAACGCCCGCCCUCUGGAACAGGGCGGGCGCGGAGAAAAAGCGCGGCAAAGACCGGCCGGCUAACUGCAAUGGCCGCAGUGCCGAGCGGCCGCUAUUGCGCAUGCGCGAGCGGGCUCUGGAUUCAGAGCGCUCGCGACGCGAAACGGCCGCCGCGGCUACAGAGGAACGAAGAACGGGUAAUAAACUACCCGGUAAGGUGUGGGAGGGGGUAACCGCCGCAGGGGGGGGGGGAGAGGGAAACCCCAAUGAACAAAACGUCUAUCUGCCUAAGGCAGACAGGCGCCGGCUCUCAGAGCCGGCUAAGUAACCCACACAAACAUUAAGACAUCAAAAUUAAAGAUACAGAAACAAAACAAGUACAGUAUAAAAUCAAAAUGGUGCUCUGAGGAGAGCUAAAAUUAGAUGGUACUUAGCUGAGGCAGCAGCAAAGAAAGAGGAAGAGGAAAGGUCACAUGAAUAGUUAUAGAUAGAGGGACUGUUCCUAUUGGUUAAGGGUAUGAUGUUGGGUUAACCCUUGGAGAACCUGUUAAAACUUUUUUUUCUAUGAAUGUUUAUACCUUCUCUUUGCUGCUGAGGUAUAAUAAAGAAAGAGAUAAGCAUAAUAUGAGCCUCCGUGUCCUUUAAUAAAAUUUAGCACUAACAUAAGAAACAGGCUCCGUAGGAAGAACCUUUAGGGGUUCUAAUCCACAGGACAGGGCCAUUAUAAGUAGGAGCAGCAAAAUUUAUGGUGUUUACCAACUGGCUAAAUCCUAGGAGGGCUGCAAAUUCACUAUUUUGAUGAAGAAGCAUUGAAAUGAAUGUAAACAAAAUUUUGUUCAGAGAUGCUCAUGAAUUCAGUAGUGCACUAUAACCGUAAUUUGAUAUUAUUGAGAACCAUCUGUUCUUAUUAGACUAUUAUUAACAUUUAUUCAUAGAGUGCCAACAAAUUAUGCAGUGUUUGAUAUUAUACAUAAAGGGGAACCAUCGUUUCUGGAAAUUACAUCACUAAAUAAAUAUUGCCAAUCACCUUUAACUCGUGUUACUCCCUUUUUUCAUGCAAUGCUCCAUUUAAAAAAUAUGUGUGACUGCCAGGUACAAAGGCCAGAGCUUUUAACAAUGAUUCACUGAGAGACAAAAAUGGAGGAGCCCAGUUGCAGGAUAAAAAAGUGUGGAUAACUAAAACUAAUUUUAUUUUUCAGAUCUCAUAAAUACAUAUUUAUUAAAGGAUCACUAUAGGGUCAGGAACACAAACAUGUAUUCCUGACCCUACAGUGCUAAACCCACCAUUUAGGUGGCUUGCCCCCCCUUAACCCUUCUAUAAAAGUGUAAAACCCACCUUAUUUACAGCGCCGCGCGGGUCUGUGGGUGCUGGCUCUGCCCCCUUUGUGACAUCAUCGAAAUGGUCAAUUUUUAGCCAAUCCUUUCCCAUAGGGAAAGCAUUGGAUUGGCUAAAAUUGUCACGGGGGCUGGGCCAAAUGCCAUUUUGCCCAAUCAGGACUUCCUCAUAGAGAUGCAUUGAAUCGGUGCAUCUGUAUGAGGAAAAUUUUGCGUCUCCAUGCAGAGUGUGGGGACGCUGAACGGCAGGGCUGCUUACUGUGCAGCACUGAGCCAGGAAGCACCUCCAGUGGCCAUCUGAGGAGUGGCCACUUGGAGGUGUCCCUAGGGGCAAUGUAAACACUGCCCAUUCUCUGAAAAGGCAGUGUUUACAUGAAAAUUUCUGAAGGGAGCAAGUAUAAACACUGCAUUUUCUCUGAAGGGAGCUAUUAUACUCACCAGAAAAACUACAUUAAGCUGUAGUUGUUCUGGUGACUAUAGUGUCCCUUUAAAUAUAGGGAAUAUGUACAUUUAAUGUUAAAAUCACAGGGAGUGACAGUUUCCUUUUAAUGGUACAUCCAAACACAAUAAGAACUAAUGCUCCUUUGAUAGAUUAUUGAACAGGAACUUUCUGGUUUUGACUCUCUUCUUCUUGUUAAUUAAUCAUGCAUCAAUUUCAAUUUCAAUUUCAAUUUCAAAGGCUAUAACCCAUGUUUGUAGCUCAGUUGUACGCAUGGCAUUUUCACAUUAUAAAACUAUUAAAUAGCUCCCAUGACCUUUGAUGUUAGGCCUUGUACAACACCUGUGACACUUAAAGACAUAAGUGCUUUAAGUAUUUAAAAAACAAAGAAGAAGCUACUUGAUCAGUUCUUUGAAAUGUCUCGCCCUUCCAAUAUUUAUAUAUAUAUAUAUAUAUUUUUUUUUUAUAUUUUUUUUCAUAAUAAAAGUGCUUGCAUUCGAGUGUGUCCUGUGCUGUCCGUCUUGUAGUAGUUUAUUUGAUAUGAACAUUCAUUUCCUUGGAAGCAAUGGGAGGACUAUAAUUGGCAUAAAAAUUACACUGGCUUCCUAGUCUCGGCUAAUUUUGUAUAUAAACUACUAAUCAGGAAAUUUAGUUAUGAGUAUCUUUUUUUAUCUGUUUAUUCGUGGUGUUCUUUGUAAUUUGUAAUCCACAUUAAGCAUUUAAAUAGAUGCCAAACUUAUCUGGGAGUGUUCCUUUAAAUUACUAUUACACAGUCAUGUUAAAGGGACACUUCGGGCACCUAUACAAUUUUAAUACACUUAAUUUGAGGUUUUUUUUUUGCAUGCUCAAACCUUUUUCUUUAAUCAUUUCAUUCGGAAAAAAAAUUGUUGGUCAAUUCAGGAUUUGUCCACGUGGCGUUCAGGUUCCUACGAAUUUCAUCCAUGCAAUCAUUUUGCAAAUAAACUAUUUGAAUGAGUCAGAAGGUGCAAUAAUAGGCCAAUCAGUGUACUGCCAGAUAUAUACGCAACAUAAAUAUAAUGUAUAUAUUUUACAGUACACUGAUAGGCACAUUUUGCCACCAUUUGAUUCCCAGAUCGAGCGAGAAAAAUUAAGCAACAGAGAGAAAAAGAAGGAGCCGUACAAAGCAGUAUAAAGUAUAUAAGUACAGAUUCUUUAGAGAUAGAAACCUUUCACUUAUAUUCACAUGGUUCUUCAGGGGCUGUAAACAAGAUAUUAAUCCAACAUUUGUGCUGCAAAAAACAACAACAGGUCAUUAAUAUUAGAAGACGGGCUCAGUAACAAAGACACAGGUCUCGGCAGAAAGAAAGGAAUAUUGUUCAUCAAAAAUAAGAUUAAAAAUGAUAUUGCUAUUAAAUCUUGUUGGUAUCAUACUGUACAGAUGUUUUGGCAACUUACUACAGACAUACUAAGUCUCGCGGAGGUUCCGGAAGUCUCACGCAUUUGCAAUGCGGCUCCAUGACAACCGCAAAUCAUAUACAAUAUCCCAGAAGGCACACACACUGUAUACAAUGUAUAUCAGGCAGUGUGUGUGAUUUCAAGGAUUUUGUAUAAUGUGUGGCCACCCAAUAAUAUAUUCGCAAAAAACAGGGACUCGGUAAGGUGCCAGCCUUUUAAGGCGCCAGUCCCCUGUAAUAUCAGACGGCAGGGAGGAAGUGACAGUCUGUCACUUCCUCCAAGCUUCACAGAGCGCCACGCAGGAGGAAUGGAGAGAGGAGGAGGUUGGAGGCAGCGGCGGUACAGGCAGCAUAGAGGCUGCUGCUCACUCCCAUCAGCCUCAGCAAGGACCCCAAGCAAGCCACACUCCUGGACACAAAAGGUAAGAUAAAAGGAGGGUGGCUGCAAAUAUAUAAAGUAUAACACAUAUGUUUUUAUGUGUGUCAGAUUCUGUCUGCGCAUCUGUGUGUAUGUCAGUGUGCGUAUCUGUGUGUUUGUCAGGGUGUGUAUGUGCCAGUUUGUUUGUCAGUGUGUAUCCGAGUAUGUGUGUUUAUGUGCCAGUGUGUAUCUGAGUGUGUGUUUGUGUGUGUGUGUGUGUGUGUGUAUGUGCCAGUGUGUAUCUGUAUGUCAGUGUGUGUAUCUGGGUGUAUGUGCCAUUGUGUAUCUGUAUGUCAAUGUGUGUAUCUAAAUAUGUGUAUAUCUAUGACAGUGCGUAUCUGAGUCUGUGUGUAUGUAUCUGUGUGUGUAUCUGAGUGUGUGUAUCUGGGUCAGUGUGUGUAUCUGAGUGUGUGUAUCUGAGUCUGUGUGUAUCUGAGUGUGUGUAUCUGUGUGUCAGUGUGUGUAUCUGAGUGUGUGUAUCUGUGUCAGUGUGUAUCUGAGUCUGUGUGUAUGUAUGUGUGUGUCAGUGUGUGUAUCUGAGUGUGUGUAUCUGUGUCAGUGUGUAUCUGAGUCUGUGUGUAUGUAUUUGUGUGUCAGUGUGUAUAUAAGUGUGUGUAUUUGUCACAUCCUGUUCCUGUUGCAAAUCAUUUCUGGCCUUGGCUUCUGUUAUCCAGUACUCUUUUUACAAUCCUUGUUUAGUUUUUCUUGGUUUGCUAUUCUAUGUCUGGUUUUCGUUAUGCUGGGUUUUCUGGGUUCAUUCCUUUAUUCCGUUCCUAGAAUUCCUAGUCUCCUGAAUUCCUCUAAAUGUUUGUUUUUUGUUGCCACACCUGUUCCUUUGCCAGUUAGCCUUUUUGUUUCAGUGUUCCCUGCUAGCAGUGGUCUCAUUCCUCUGCUCCUUUGCUUGCAGGUAAGUACUGUGUGUGUUUUAUUGUUGUACUUUUAGUCAUGCAUAUCUAGGCAGUUAGGACCCACCAUAAUUGGAGUACUUUGUGGAUAUCUGUGUGUCAAGGUGUUCAUACAUGUUUGGUGACUAUAUGUGUCUGUGUGUUUGUGUGGGGGGCAGGAGGGGAGAGCGUAGUAGCUGGUGAAGCAACCUCCCUGAAAUACAUUUUUGUAUGUUGGGAUAUCUGUUACUGCAUGACACUUUUUUGAUUAUUCAGAAAUAAAGUUUAAAUAAAAAAAAAAAAAAAAAGAUUCAAAAAAAGUCAUAAAACCUGACAGGUCAUCCCCAAAAUAGUUAGGUCUCUUUCAAAUAUGAGACCUUUACCAUUAGAAGGGCCUCUGUCACUCUCUCUGUCAGGCGUUUUCUUCCUUCUUCCAAACUCUCUUUUUUUUAGACUCUCUUUAUACUGUCCGUGUGUGUGUGUGUGUGUGUGUGUGUGUGUGUAUGUGUGUGUGGGUGACUGCAUGUGUAAUGCCAUAUGCGCAGUUUCAUAUAGACGUCUACAUUGAUAGUUACGUGGGUUGUCUCAAGCACAAAUAAUAAAAGUUGUGGUUUAGCUCUGAUAUUUUACUUUCAAUUCACAGAAACGUGGGAAAUGUUAUUCAAAACAUAGCUCUCCAGCACCCAUGCCCACUCACUGUUGCGUAAUAUUUUAAACUGUAUCUGUCACACCAAGCACAGUAUAGGAUAACAUAAAAUUUCAUCUGCACAUUGUGCCUGUAGAAAUGCAAGUAUAUUCUAUAGCUUUUAAAGGUAACCCAUAGACUCCAAAACAACUUUUGCUUAAUUAAAUAGUUUUGGUGUAUAGGCAAUGCCCCUGCAGUCUCACAGCUACAUUCUAUGCUAUGUAGGAUUUAAACCACUUUGUUUACAUAGCUCUAGUCACACUUCCCUGCAUGUGUCUUGCAUAGUCUUCCUAAACACUUCCUAAAAGGGAACCUAGAUAUUUUAUGUUCUUUUAUUGCACAGUAUGUUUAAUAUAGAAUUUCUUGUAUCCUGCCCUGUUAAUAGCUUCCAUAACCCUGCAGGAGCCUCCUGUGUAUGAUUAAAGUUACAUUUACAGAGCAGGAGAUAAAAACUUCCAAGACAAGUUAACAUCUGAUUGAAGAUUUUUUUUAAAUUUCAUGCAGCCUGAGUGAGUCACAGUCAAGGGAGGUGUGGCUAGUGCUGCAAAUAGAGAAACAACAGCGAUUUAACUCCUAAAUUGCAGAGAAUUGAGCAGUGAUCUAUACACCCACAUUGCUUCAUUAAGCUGAAGUUGUUUUGAUGUCUAUAGUGUCCCUUUAACUUAAUGCAACAUUAAUGAGUCCCUGGCAUUAGGCCUGUAAGACGUGGGCACAUGGAGUCUAAGCAGAUAAUUAAGUAACAGAGAGAGCCGAUGAAACCUCCACUAGACUGUUCUCCGUUCUGUCUGUGAGCUACUCUUCCAGCAAGCUUUUCUAACAUUUGCAGAGUAAGUAUAGGACGUGCUGACGCAAAUGUGCUGGCUGUGGCCUGCAUGCGUAAGUCAUCAUUGAGAAUUGGCUUUCUUGGUGCAGGUAAGCAGAACUAUAACAGCCCCUAAAGCCAAUAAAUACAUAAUUCAUCUUUAUGAUAAAUUAUAGUUACUGCCUUGGGAGCUGUUAUGGCAGGUAAUUAAUACAAAUAAUUAAUCAACCAAGCCGGAAUCACCUGUAUUUAAGUUCUCUUCUACCUCCUUUGCCUCUCUUGGUCAGUUUGCAAGGUCAUGACUUGACCUGACCUUUGGAUAAAUGCACUGAUUUUGAACCUCCCUUUGCCUAUCCUGUCUUUUGACCUGAUGUAGAAUGCGUAUUUGUGACCAAGGCCGUUUUGGCACUUUUGCCAUGCGUUCAUUGUACCACAAUUUCACCCUUUCGGUUUAAGUGCUCCCAUAUAUCUUGCAUAUAAUUUUAAAGGGGAAAUGGGGCUUUCAUUUGAUAUCCUAUAUGUAUACAUAACACAAUACUAAAUAAGAAUAACAAAUUAAAAAGUAAAAUAUGGAGAAAUACAGCUCAGCCGCGGUGUUUAAAAGGAUUUAAAAGGCCAUGCACAUAGCUCAUCUGUCAGUCUGGGGCCACAAGGGAUUUAAAGGGACACUAUAGUCACCUGAACAACUUCAGUUUAAUGAGGUUGUUCAGGUGAGAACUAUAGCUCCCUCAGCCUUUCUCAUGUAAACACUGUAUUUUCUGAGAACAUACUGUGUUUACAUUGAAAGCUAGGAACACCUCCAGUUGCAGUCACUCAGAGUGAACCAGAGGGACUUUGGAGUUGAUGGAGGCAUAAUAUGCCUCCAUCCACUCAGAUCUGCUGUCAGCAGAGCACAGGGCAGCACUGUGCACAGCAUCCUGUGAUUCAGUGUGUCCUCCCUCUGCAUGCAGACACUGAACUUUCCUCAUAGAGAUUCAUUAAUUCAAUUCAUCUCUAUGAGGAGAAGCAUUGGGAUUGGAUCAGGCCACCACUUCUGAUGAUGUCAGCAGACUGCUUGUUUUUCUGAGUCUAACAGCAUGCAGAUUUACAGCUUCAGGCUUGAAUACAGUAAGAUUUGUACUAUAUUUAUAGCCCAGGGGGGCUAGAUGGUGGUGUUAACACUAUAGGGUCAGGAAUACAUGUUUGUGUUCCUGACCCUAUAGUGAUCCUUUAACCCUGCUGGUACUUUUAAUGCAUGAUGGUCUAUGCUGUCAAUGGGUUUUCGAGCCCUGCAUUGCAUCGUCAUGCAGCCCAUAAGGGUUUAAACUACAAUAAAUGUUUAUAGAAAUCAGUCUGUGUAAGUAAGAUACAUUGUUCUUGUUCUAAAUUUUAUUUUAGUUGCAUGAAUUGUUAUUAGUAAAUCACAGUCCUAGAAUGUAAAUGUUUCUCUAUUCUCUUCCUCCAUUUGAAAUGUGGGGAGAUGUGUUUGGGAGUAGAUUUAGGAGAGAUUUUAAUCCACACCUGCAAAACUAAGAGCUACAUAUACAGAGCUAAACCCCUCUGUGGCUGGAAGUGUAACUUCACCUUCAGCAGAGUUAUCGGGGUGUCAUCAGCCAGCCUGGAACUGACUAGCUAAUGUCAAUUCUGUGCAACUUUGUAAGCCCAGAAUGUCAGUCAUUGGCUGAGAGUAGCCAGCUGACACUCUCAGCCAAUGAAUAGCAAUGGCCCAGCUUCAGCAGCUCUGUCAAAGCCUUAAAGGACCACUCUAGGCACCCAGACCACUUCAGCUUAAUGAAGUGGUCUGGGUGCCAGGUCCAGCUAGGGUUAACCCAUUUUUUUUAUAAACAUAGCAGUUUCAGAGAAACGGCUAUGUUUAUGAAUGGGUUAAUCCUUCCCCCUAAUCCUCUAGUGGCUGUCUCAUUGACAGCCACUAGAGGCGCUUGCGUGCUUCUCACUGUGAUUUUCACAGUGAGAGCACGCCAGCGUCCAUAGGAAAGCAUUGUAAAUGCUUUCCUAUGCGACGGGCUGAAUGUGCGCGCAGCUCUUGCCGCGCGUGCGCAUUCAGUCCAGGAGGAGGAUCGGAGGAGGAGAGAAGGAGGAGAGCUCUCCGCCCAGCGCUGGAAAAAGGUAAGUUUUUAACCCUUUCUCCUUUCCAGAGCCGGGCGGGAGGGGGACCCUGAGGGUGGGGGCACCCUCAGGGCACUAUAGUGCCAGGAAAACGAGUAUGUUUUCCUGGCACUAUAGUGGUCCUUUAAGCGUGUCACCAGCCACCAUUGAGCCUGUAAGCCUGUAAGCCUGUAAGCCAUGCCAGGGACCCAGGUAAGGUCCAAAAAUGUUUAAACUCAAAUAGAAUGUUGCAUCCUUAUAAAGAACCUUCAUCACAGAAUUAAACCACCAGUUUCCCCUGUUCUAUGAAUUAACCAUCUUCACUGAUAACAAGUCCACAUUGACAAUACGUUUAAAAAUAGCCGUGAAUAUAGACAAUAUUAACACUAGAGUUUGUGGACAAUUUGACCCUAAACAGACUUUCUCAAGCCUAAAGUAAUUAUUUAAUACAGACUCUGAGAUCUUUUUUUGGUCCGUUAAUAAUGAUCACAUUGAUUAUUAAUUUCUUGUGCAGUCAUUUCUAGACAAUUAUUAUUUUAUCAUGCGCUUAAGGAAGUAUUAGCUUCCAAGAGUAAUGGAGAUUAUUAAAGGGGUUCUAAAACCCUCCUUUUUUUCUAGAUAAUUUCCAUAUUAAUAAUCAUGUAGCGGACCAGGAGAUUACAUUUAGUUUCUCCGUCAAAUAAAUUAAACAUUUAUGAAUACAUACAUUAUUUUUAAAAACUGCAUUUCAAAAAGUUGCUUUAACAUGUCAACAUGUCAAGAUUUCCUCCCAAAAAUAUACAGUUAAUUAUUUAACUGGUUUAUUAAAGAUCUGAUAAAAAAAAAAAAAAAAGGAGACAUCAGAGUUAAUGGGCUCACAGAGUUAAUGGGAUAAUGGGCCAUGGGUUAAUGGGCUUCAUGAUGUCUGAAUUUAUAUAUAUCUAAAUCCCCAGUUAUUUGGGUAAAUUGAGUUGGCUGGAAUUUAGCUUCUAAUAUCUAAGGAAGAUUACACGUGGACUGGUUUGAUAUAAUUUACUGAAUAUAUAUAAUAGAAUAAAUAUAGAGGUUUGAUUAAAGAAACACUCCAAACACCAUAACAACUGCAACCCAGUUUGACAGCUCCUGACAGGUGCCCAGUGACCAAUUCCCUCCAUCUGGUUUUACAAUACAAUAGUAACAUUUAGAUUGCUUUUUACAGCAGGGCCCUGUUCUCUGCAGGAGAGGACCAGAAGAGGUGGUGGAGUAUUGAAAUGGCGCUUACCAUGGAACAGCGCAGCACCAAG